CAGGAAACAGAAGAGGAGCCAAUCAGCUACAAGUAGUGGAGGAUUGGACAACAAUAUGAUAACUAUCUCCAAUGACUUAUCAUCAAGUGGGCCAAACACAGAACAUACAUACCAAAAUGAUCCAAGUAUAAUCCAUAACAAAGAAGUACAGUCUGCUUCCUCUAAUAUGGGACUCCCAAGCUAUGAGGAAGUAACUCUUGAUCAAUCAAAUCAAUACGAAAAUCCAAAGAAGGCAAAUUCAACAAAAACCCCAGUAAGAUUAAGUGAGCUGUAUACUAAAGUUGAUUUGAAGAGUAAACCAAAACAUAUUCAGGCCAUUGAUGUUGAUGAUCUCCCUAAUGCAAAUGCCAUCUAUCAAAAUGAUGAAAUGAUUCAAAAUUGUAGUACCUCUCAAUAUGAGAAUCUAGCUAUACCUACUAAAGGUGAUCUGACAAGGGUGUCUCUAGAUGCCACUCAGGCCAAUGCCCCAGUGCUAGAAGAUAACUCUGCUGAUAUAAAACAAGAUGAGUACUCAUUAGCAUGGGAGGCAGCAUCAGAUGAUAUCAAAGUCACUGUUGGGGACAAUACAGAUGAGGGUUAUGAUAUAUUAAAAUUAAAUAAAAAUAAGAAAGAGGAACAUUUUGAUGAUAGUUAUAGCAAGGUCAAGAAGUAUUAAAAUGAAUUAUAUCAUUUUUGUUAUCUGUAAAUUGAAAGCUUCCUCAAAACGUGUAUGUGUAACGCAAUCGGAUUGGUGUAAUUAUAAGUAGGUAUGUAGACCAAUGAUAUUAUAAAAUAUAAGCUUAUAUUGUGUCCCCUUGAUUUUGUGAUAUAACAUAAUUCAUUACGAUUUAUAAUGUCUGGUAUUAUUAUCACUCAGUUAAAGUAGUUGUACUUACAAUUCUGAAAACAUAUUUUUAGUGUACCACCAUGAUCAACAUUUUAUUAGUUAAUACACU